GCAGCUGAGGCGGCGGCGGCGAGCGGGGGUCCGGGCGGCAGCGGCGGCGGCGGGCCGAGGAGCCGGGCGCGAUGGAGCGGAAGAGGUGGGAGUGCCCGGCGCUCCCGCAGGGCUGGGAGAGGGAAGAAGUGCCCAGAAGGUCGGGGCUGUCGGCCGGCCACAGGGAUGUCUUUUACUAUAGCCCGAGCGGGAAGAAGUUCCGGAGCAAGCCCCAGCUGGCGCGCUACCUGGGCGGCUCCAUGGACCUGAGCACCUUCGACUUCCGCACGGGCAAGAUGCUGAUGGGCAAGAUGAAUAAGAGCCGGCAGCGGGUGCGCUAUGACUCCCCGAGCCAGGUCAAGGGCAAGCCCGACCUGAACACGGCCCUCCCGGUCAGGCAGACGGCGUCCAUCUUCAAGCAGCCAGUGACCAAGAUCACCAACCACCCCAGCAACAAGGUGAAGAGCGACCCCCAGAAGGCCGUGGAGCAGCCCCGGCAGCUCUUCUGGGAGAAGAAGCUGAGCGGCCUGAACGCCUUUGACAUCGCGGAGGAGCUCGUGAAGACCAUGGACCUCCCCAAGGGCUUGCAAGGCGUGGGUCCCGGCUGCACGGAUGAGACGCUGCUCUCGGCCAUCGCCAGUGCCCUGCACACCAGCACCAUGCCCAUCACCGGGCAGCUCUCAGCCGCCGUGGAGAAGAACCCCGGGGUGUGGCUCAACACGGCCCAGCCGCUCUGCAAGGCCUUCAUGGUGACCGACGAGGACAUCAGGAGGCAGGAGGAACUGGUGCAGCAGGUCCGAAAGCGGCUGGAGGAGGCGCUGAUGGCCGACAUGCUGGCGCACGUGGAGGAGCUGGCCCGGGACGGCGAGGCGCCACUGGGCAGGGUGGGCGCUGACGGGGAUGAGGACGACGGGGACCAGGAGGAUGGGCCCGACCAGGACCAGGAGAUGGAGCAUGUGUAGAGCAG